GUGGAACAUUGUCAUUUAAGAAUAAAAGAAAAAAAGUUCGUUUUUUGUGUUCCUGACAUUGAAACAAAGAGCUUCUGUCAUUCCAACCGAUUAAACCCUCCAUGACACGUCUUUAUCCACGAAGCACGCUCAGGAGAAUCAUCCUAGCACAUGAACCGACAAUGAGUUUGUCCAAGAAUGUGGACAUUGAGCUUUACGUCCUCUAUCAGCUGUUUUUACACAGACUUAUCACAGAAGCCAGUCGUCAGGCUCAACUCACUCAUGAUAGCAUCAUUCAAUCCAGACAUGUUAGUCGAGCACUCAAGGUGGUCUUGCAACAAUUCAAGGGCUAAGUCUGUGAUAUAGACAAUGCUUUGUACUUCUUCUCUUCCUCUUCCCCUCUUCUUUAUACCUUACAGAGAUAAAAACAACUCCGUAUACAAAUUUAUUCACAAUUUCUUGC